AGAGAUACUUCUUCACAUCACAGCACUAUCCUUCGCACGUCAACAUCAAUUCUACGAUAACCCAGCACUUAUGCUUAACGCAUUAUCUUUGAGGACUCUUCGCUGGUUUCGACUUCCUCGGUUCGAAAUGAGACCGACGGCUGGGUUAAUCGUGAUUGGUGAUGAAAUCCUGAAAGGUUCCACCAUGGAUACGAAUUCACAUUUCAUAUGCAUGAAACUUCAUGAAUUGGGUGUACAGGUGAAAAAGAUCUCUGCUAUCGGUGACAAUGUCGAUGAAAUCAGCGAUGAAAUUCGUCAAUUCAGUCAACGUUACGAUUAUGUUUUUACAACGGGUGGUGUUGGUCCAACACACGAUGACAAGACAUAUACAGGUUUGGCUAAAGCCUUCAAUGACAAAAUGCGAAAAUCAUCAGAGAUUGUUGAAGCGAUAGAGAAGUAUUUUCCGUCUGCAGGACUGUCGAAGGACCACUCUGUAUUUGUAGACAAACUGAGCACGAUCCCUGCUUCUGCUCAGUUACUUUGGGGGACACGUUCAUCGGAUGGGAAAUCAUCAAACUUUCCAGUGGUUCGUCUCAGUAACGUCAUCUCAUUGCCCGGUGUGCCAAGAUUCUGUGAACGAGCGUUUGUGGAACUCAAGGAUCAGCUUUUCCCAUCAUCCACAGUGAAACCUAUGUACUCGAAAACACUGUACACAUCAGAGGACGAAAGAAAGUUUGCUGAGAAAUUGGCAAGUUUAGCUUCGGAAUACGAAGGAGUUGUUGAGAUUGGAUCGUAUCCGGUUAUGAAAAAUAGUUACUUCAAAACAAAGCUGAUCGUUGAAAGUGAAUCAAAUGAAGCAGGAGAUGCUGUUGUGGAAGGUAUUUCGAAACUUUUGGAUGGAACAAUCGUUCACUAUGAUAGCGAACCUUGGCACGACACUGUUACUAAAUUCCAUGAUUUUCGAGAACGUGAACGGCACGGUAAUCCAGACUAUGUUACCGCUCUUGAUGAGGCCUUAGAAGUACUGCGAAAAGCUUUGGAACAAUAUCCCUUGGAGCAGAUCACGUUGUCCUUCAAUGGAGGCAAAGAUUGUACCGUAUUACUUCAUCUGCUCCGAGUAGCUGUUGAUGAGAAAUAUGGAUCAGAUGUGCCCAUACAAGGUUUCCAUAUAAUGGUCGAGGAUCAGUUUCCUGAAGCUACGCAAUUCAUCAUAGAUGUGGCGAAAAGGUAUAACAUAGUGGUGACCGAGUAUCCCGGACCACUGAAGACAGGACUUGCGCAGUUGAAAAACGAACAACCGGAAGUAGUUGCUGUUUUGAUGGGUAGCAGAGCAAGUGAUCCAUGCGGGAAGUAUAUGAAAUCGGUAGUCCAGUGGACCGACGAUGAUUGGCCUAGAGUCUUACGAAUUUGCCCUAUACUUUCAUGGUCAUAUCGCGAUGAGGACGUAAUACAACCAUAA